AUUGCAGAUUGGCAAAAGAAAAAGUUAUGUAUGAAAAAGAAGCAAAACAGCAAGAAGAAAAGAUUGAAAAAAUGAAAGCUGAAGCAUGUGAUGAUUAUGGAAUUAAGAAGCAGAUUGAGAUUUUACAAGAGUCACGAAUGAUGAUUCCAGACUGCCAGCGUAGAUUAGAAGUUGCACAUGCAGAUCUUACUCAACUACUAGAAAAUGAAAAAGAAUUGCAAGAAGCAGAAGAGUAUAAAGAAGCAUGUUCCAUACUAGAGUCAGUGAAGCUGGAAGCCUAGAAGUUUUUCAACACUUUCUUUAUAUGCAUUUAGCACUGGGUCCAUUCCACACUUUCAUUUGACUAUGGCUCUAUUGGUAUUGUUGUCUUGCUAAGGUUCUCUUUAUGCAAACUGGCCUUUCUCUAACUGCCAGAUGCAUCAAAUAAAGGAUGUUCUGAAAUAUCUGUGUGUUCCAUAUUCAGGUAAAGUAGAAACAUUUCCAGUUCACCUCA